AUGUUCAAUUCGGGAGAGAGCAAUAAAACGAACGACGAGAAAAUUAAAAGUUUAGUGCUUCGAAGGGGACAACUGAAAGGGAACCUAACGCGGUUUUCGAAUUUUCUAAAAAGCGGAAAUAUUAACAUCACCAGGCUGAAAUUACGAGUAAAAAAUAUCGAUGCAACCUGGGACGAAUUCCAGGCGGUUCAGUCGCAGUUGGAGGAGCUAGAUGCAGGGCGCGAAGUCGAGAGACAAUCGUUCGAAGACAAAUAUUACGGUCUCGCGACAGUGGCGUUAGAAAUGAUCGAACAGAAUGAACAGAACGCGUCUCAAAAUGCUAGUAGAUCGUCGCAGAGUACACACACGAACAUGAUAUCGACUACGAGUACAAAUAACGCAACAAAAUUACAAGCGAUAACCUUACCUCAAUUCAGCGGUUCGUAUGAGGGAUGGUUACAGUUUUACGAAAUUUUUCGAGCUUUAGUAGACCAAAAUUCAGAGCUAUCCAAGAUACAGAAAUUUUACUACUUACAAUCGUGUCUACGCGUAGAAGCAAUUCAAGUUCUUCAUUUGUUAGAAAUUUGCGAAGACAACUACGAUAAAGCUUUAGACUUAUUACGCGAAAGAUACGAGAAUAAACGCGUUUUAAUUCACAAUCACGUUAAAAACUUAUUCGACAUGCAGCCCGUGGCUAAAGAAUCACAUGAAUCGUUACGUAAACUAAUCGACGUCGUAGUAAAAAAUAUUCGUGCGUUAACAAGUCUUGAACAACUCGUCGAACAUUGGGAUACACUAGUAAUAUAUUUAAUAUCAUUAAAAUUAGAUGCCCAUACGCGAAAAGAAUGGGAAAUUUCGAAUAACAAAAUAUCGCCUACUCUCGAGGAAUUCCUACAGUUUCUAAAAAACAAAUGUCAAAUUUUAGAAAUUAUAGACCACAAACAGCAAGCGACGACACCUAAUUUCAAACAACGUACAUUAGCACAUCUCAGCUCAAACGAGUCACCAACUAAUCGAGAAACACAAGUAUAUUGUACAUUUUGUAAACAAACAAAUCAUUUUGCGUACAAAUGUCAAAAAUUACUAACGCUUGCGAUUAAAGACAGGUAUUUUGAACUGAAACGUUUAGGCAUAUGCACAAAUUGUUUACGAUCAGGACAUGACGUGACAAUUUGCCAAGGAAAAAACUGCAGAAUUUGUAAUCGUAGACACAAUUCUGUUUUACACGAUUUUAACUUUUCGCCUAAUUACCAAAAUUCAAAAACGAAUCAAAACGCACAUAAUUACCAGAAUUCAAAACCGAAUCAAAACGCACAUAAUAACCAGAAUUCAAAUCAAAAUUGUAAUGUCGCAAGAAACGAUAAUAAUCCGAAUGAAAAUUUCGACCAUAAUUCAGGUAAGAUUCCAACCGUAAAAGCCGGCAACAGCGGAACGAGCUCUUCGGCUGGAGAAGUGUCGUCACCGCGGCCAGCUGACGCGCGUGCUUCCGGUGCUUGCAUGUUGACGCGCGCGGCAAAUACAAAAUUUGAAUUGUCGAAUAGGGAGUUAUCGUCGCGACAUGCGGAACAGAUUUUACUCGCUACCGCGAUGGUGGAGGUAUUCGAUGUGAAUAAUAGACCGGUAAGAUGUCGUGCAUUGUUAGAUUCGGGAAGUCAAUCAGACUUUUGCACUAAAGAGUUAUUUGAACGUUUAAAUAUACCGUCAAAAAAGUUAAAUUCGUCGAUUCUAGGAAUAAAUAAUGUACGAUGCAACAUGUAUGCCAAAUUCAACACUAAAUUAAAAUCAAUCAAUGAAUCAUUUCAAUCGAAUGUUGAGUUCUUAGUAAUCGAUAAAAUAACAACUAAAUUACCGCAAAUUUCAUUUGAACCCGAUAUAAUAAAAAUACCGCAGAACUUGGAAUUAGCGGAUUCCGAAUUUAGUGAGCCUCGAAAUAUCGACCUGUUAAUCGGGGUAGAGUUAUUUUUUAAAUGUUUGAAUAGCGAACAAAUUAAGUUAGGACGAAACUCACCGAUUUUACAAAACACAAAGUUUGGAUGGAUAAUAGCGGGCCCUUUAGAUUUACACGUUAAUCGAGAUCUCAAGGACAUAAACAUUCCUCAGUGUUUUUUUAACAGUAAAUGA